ACGUAUUCUUUUCACAUGCAUUGUAGCCUUGUUUCUAGACCCUCUCUACUUUUACCUUCCCGUUGUCGGCGCCCCGGCUGCAUGCAGAUCGAUCUCGGCCUCGGCAUCGUCGUCACCUUCUUCCGUUGCGUCGCCGACUUGUUCUUUUUCGUACACAUCACCGUCAAGUUCAGGACAGCUUUCGUGGCACCCAAUUCUAGGGUCUUCGGGAGGGGAGAGCUCGUAAUGGAUCGAAAAGCCAUCGCCAUUCGAUACUUGAAGUCGAGUUUCAUCAUUGAUCUUGCCGCUGCUCUCCCUCUCCCUCAGAUUGUCAUCUGGUUCAUAAUUCCGAAAAGCGGAAUGGCUGCUCAUGCAAACCAUACACUUUCUUUCAUCGUUCUCCUUCAAUACAUUCCUCGAUUCAUAAUCAUGUUUCCGAUCAAUCAACGCAUCGUCAAAAGUACCGGAGUCGUCGCCAAGACUGCCUGGUCAGGGGCAGUUUACAACCUCGUCAUGUUCAUCCUAGCUAGCCAUGUCUUAGGAGCUUCAUGGUAUGUCUUGUCGACUCAACGGCAGUACGAUUGCUGGAGUUUAGAAUGCACGAAAGAGAUGAACGAGACGCAUUCGCCAUCCUGCAAUCAUGACUUCCUCGACUGUAGUACCGUCGGAAAGCCUGCACGGAACGCCUGGCUCAAGAAAACCAACGUGAUCAUGAACUGCGAUGCUCUGAACGACGACAACAAAGACUUCGAGUUCGGAAUGUUUGCCGAGCCUUACGAACACGUCGCGUCGUCAGCGUUCAUGGAUAAGUUCUUUUAUUGCCUUUGGUGGGGAUUGAAAAGCUUAUGUUCAUAUGGACAAAGUAUUGAGACAAGUACUCUUCCUUCUGAAACUUUAUUUUGUGCUCUUAUUUGCAUCGCUGGUCUAGUUUUCUUCUCACAUCUCAUAGGCAACAUGCAGAGCUAUCUUCAAUCUACUACAGCAAGACUAGAGGAGUGGAGAAUCCGCCGAAGGGAUACCGAAGAGUGGAUGAGACACCGACAAUUGCCGCCGGAUUUGCAAGACCGUGUCCGCCGGUUCGUUAACUAUCAAUGGGUUGCCACGAGAGGCGUUGAUGAAGAAGCUAUAUUGAAGGCCUUACCCUUGGACCUCCGGCGUCAAAUUCAACGGCAUCUUUGUCUCGCCCUUGUUCGCCGUGUUCCAUUUUUCAAUCAGAUGGAUGACCAGCUCCUAGAUGCCAUAUGUGAACGCCUUGUCUCCUCCUUGAACACCAAGGACAUGUACCUUGUCCGGGAAGGUGAUCCGGUGCGCGAGAUGCUUUUCAUCAUUCGAGGCGAAGUCGAGAGCUCGACGACCAAUGGCGGCCGGACGGGGUUCUACAAUUCCAUAACACUCGGACCAGGUGACUUCUGUGGUGAAGAGUUGUUGACAUGGGCCUUGAUCCCGAACUCCGACUCCUGCCUAAACCUUCCGUUAUCGACCCGAACGGUGAAGUCGAUAACGGAGGUCGAGGCCUUCGCUCUCCGCGCCUGGGAGCUCAAAUACGUGGCGAAACAAUUCAAGCGACUGCAUAGCAAGAAACUUCAACACGCAUUCAGAUACUACUCCCACCAAUGGAGGACAUGGGGAGCUUGCUUCAUCGAAGCUGCUUGGAGACGGUACAAGAGGAGAAAGAUGGCGAUUGAGCUAGCGAAACAGGAGAACUUGUUCGACGAUGGCGGCGAGGGAGUAUUAGUCGGUGCCGGAGAAGAGGAGGACGAAGAUGGAUCAUCGGAUACCAGCCAUCAGGCGCAGCAUCUUGGUGUCACGCUACUGGCAUCUAAAUUUGCUAAAAACACUAGGAGAGGAGCAAAGAAGGUGAUGGCCAGGAUUAGCCAUGAUGAAUCCAUGUUAAAAAUGCCCAAAAUGUUUAAGCCUGUGGAGCCUGAUUUCUCUGCCCUGUAAAUAAAAAAAUGGAUUUCAUUAAGAUUAAAAGUAAGAUGUGAUAAUGAGAGA